GCGACUUUGCGCUGUUCCGGAAAUCCCGCCAAAGGUGGAGAACGUUCUUGCAUACAUGAAAAGAACAUGGUUCAGAAGUAGCGUAUGGAAGGUGGAGAAUUGGUCCAUUUUUGGAUUGCCAAUUCGAACUAACAACAACACAGAAGGCUGGCAUCGGAGAAUCAACGCAAGGGCUACCAGAGAUGGAAUCCAGUUUUACUUGUUGGUUCCUCUCCUUCUACGCGAAGCGAAGUUAGUCAAAAUGACGAUGGAGCGAGUUAGCGACGGACGGCUUGGACGUCUACAGAGAUCCAAGCAGAGGACGAGGCAGGGGGAAGUUUUCCAAAUAUGGACACAAUACCAUGAUGGUGAAAUUUCUGCCAAACACCUUCUUCGAGCUAUUGGACAUUUGUUGUAGCAUAGGCUGAAACGCAAUGUCAUAUGUUAUGACUGAUAAUUUAAAUUAAAUUGAAAUGAAAAGACAUGGUUUUUUGCUUUGUUUGUUUGUUUAUUCAAAAUGUUAUUAUUAAUAUUGUUACCUUGCUAUUAUAUGAAGUUUACCUAUUGAAGUGGGUCGGUGGUCUCAGAAAAGUUAUUACUUUUCUUAAUGCCAAAUUACAACGAAAAACAAAUUGAUCUGAUCUGGUCUGAUCUGCCUACGAAAAGAAGAUGCAAGUUGUGUGUGUGUGUGUGAGAGAGAGAGAGAGAGGGGGGAUGGGAAGAACGGAAAUCGGGUACAAACGAAUCGUCGGUGGACGAAAUGGACACGGCCAGUUAAUAAAUAUUUUGAAAGUGUCAUUGAUUUGUGGUCGUAAUUUAUAUUUCUUUGAUAAAGCAAACCACUUAAUAAUGAUAAUAAUCAACUACACUGUCAAAGAAAUAAUUAUUUAUAGUUAUAUAGUAAAUUCUGUAAUUGAGUGGACGAAAUGUCCGAUGUGGGUGGACGAAAUGUACGUGGACGAAAUGUACGGUGGACGAAUCGUCUGUGGACGAAAUGUCCAGAGGACGAA